AUGGCUUUAAUUCCUGAUAUUAAAGCAAAAUUUGUCUAUGAAGAAACCAUUUGUAGACAUGGAACGCCAAAAACAAAUGGAUUAUCAGAACGAUUUUAUGCGAAACUAUUGCUAAAUGUACCGUACAAUAUGGAGGAUAUUGGGAUCGAUUUAUACAAUCUUCAUUGUUCGCAUACAGAGCUAAACAACAAAAAUCUACAAAUUCAUGUCAUUUAUUUAAAUGUAUGGAAGAAAAGAGAUAAUGAAGAAGAUGGAGACAAAAAGGAAAAAAGGCUUGACAAGAAAGUAAAGCCACAAAAGUAUAAGAAACCAUUUGAUAGUAGUAGCUCACAAAGCCUGCAUGAGACAAAUCUAGGGAAACAUGAGCAGGUUGCUUCUUAUAUCCAUGAAGCUUGGAAACACGAGAGCUACAAAUUGAGAGAAAUAGAAAACGAAAGAAACAGGUAA